UCCAGUGAGGAGGAGUCCGCCGCGAAAGCGACGAACAUGGCUGACCCACACGUGGCCUAAACCAUCUCCGUGUCCUAGUCUCCUUUCUCCGCGUGUCAUUUCCACUUGGCUCCGUCAUUUUGCCAACUUUCUCUGCUUCUCCAGACAGAAAUCAUAUUCCAAUCUAAUUAGUUUCCUCUGUGAAUAGCAAAAUAGAAGAAAACAUAGUCUGUUUAUUUUGUUUGAGAGAAUUAAGAGGUGGCGGUGAUGAUGAUAGCCAGGAAGGGCUUAGUGUUUAAUUUCAGCGGAGACGGUGGAGGUGGCGGUGGCGGUGGCGAAGGCGGAGGCUUACAGGAUUGGUGGAAUCAGGACAAGAAACAAUGGGGGAGUGGCGGUGGUAGCAGCAGCACUUACUAUAUCUUGUGUGCUUCGUAUGGAUUGGUUUCCCUUGUUGCACUGGUACAACUUGUGCGCAUACAGUUAAGAGUGCCAGAAUAUGGGUGGACAAUACAAAAGGUUUUCCAUUUGAUGAACUUUCUAGUGAAUGGAUUGAGGGCUCUCCUAUUUGGUCUCUUCAAAACUGUCUUCCUUAUCAAACCUAAGGCUCUUGAAAUGCUGCUUAUGGAUCUUCCUGGACUUCUAUUUUUCUCCACAUAUACAUUACUUGUCUUAUUUUGGGCUGAGAUCUAUCACCAGGCCAGAAGUCUUCCAACAGAUAAACUUAGACCUGCAUAUUAUGUUAUAAAUGGACUUGUAUACUUCACACAGGUGUGCAUUUGGAUUUUCUUGAGAUUAAGCAGAAGUCCUGUUGCCGUAGAAGUUGCUAGAAUCUUCUUUUCAGUUAUUUCAUUUUGUACUGCUCUGGGAUUCUUGAUAUAUGGUGGAAGGUUGUUUAUCAUGCUAAGGCGCUUCCCCAUUGAGUCAAGAGGACGUCAAAAAAAGCUAGAGGAGGUUGGAUGGGUCACAGGCAUUUGCUGCACAUGUUUCUUGAUAAGAUGCAUUGUGCUCGCAGUUUCUGCAUUUGACAAAGAUGCAGAUGUCGAUGUCAUUGGUCAUCCCAUCCUCAACCUUGUUUAUUACAUGGCAAUUGGCGGAGAUUGUUCCAUCGGCUUUGGUGCUAUUCAUCCUGCGAAAGCUGCCCCCAAGACGUCAAUGGGAACGGUAUCUAUCAACGCCCUCUACAACACAGCAAGAAUUAUGCCGAGUGCAGAUGGCACUCAAGUUCUCUGUUUCCCCAUGGCUUUCCUGGUCGUCGGUGUCCCAAAUCUGGCAACGGUGCACUUUAAACAAGCUGAAGAGGGAGGAAAAUCUGCUCAUGCACUUGGAAGAUCCCGGGAUCCUGCGCAGCGUGAAGCGUGUCCACUCUUAAGGGGUGAUGGUGUCGAUCUGAGCAAUCAUGACCUCAAGACCACUGCCAGCCAAGUCAACAAAUCCAGACCGAAUGAUGGGAUAAUCAAGGCUGAAAAUGUGUACAAGUUUUCAGAUGAAGAUGAAGAUGAAGGAAUGAAGGAACUUGUUUCCAUAGAUUAUGAAAAUCAACAGAUCCAGACUACUGUAGUGUUAGAGUGA